AUGGCACCCGUCAAGGAACUUGCCGCCCUGACGGUAGCGGCUGCCUACCUUCCAUAUGCUUCAGCAGCAGCGAUCGCUCCUUCUUCUCUUUCGAAUGGACAAACUUCCUUGACACUGCUUUAUCAAAACAACCUCAAUUUCACCGAUGAUGUCAAUCACAUCAGUGCCAUAUUGUUGGACCCGUCAACCGCUUCCAAUGGAGCUGCUGGCUGUGCAGCCUUGAAUGAAACGUUGAUUACACAGUCUGCUCUGCAAGCACACUCCCAAGACUUCAUCAACCAGCUCUCGUAUGCAUUCUACGCCGGUCGUUCGACACAGGAUCAAAAGUGGCACAUUGCUAGCGGCCAAACAGUGCAAGUUUCCAACAAGGGGCUCAAAUUCGCCAAAGCAGGCCCUGGCAAUGUGUUGCCAGUCCUGUGCACGCAGUCCAGCCAGAGCAACACUCCCAGCAAUGCCGUUGCCUCUGCAGCCAACGAGAUCAAGAUCUCCUCUUCCGGAAACACCUUUGUAGGCUUCCGCAACAAGAAGUCUUUCCGCUUCCAGGGUAUUCCUUUUGCGGACCCACCAGCCAGAUUCGCGUACUCGACUGUGUACUCCAAGACUGGCCAGACGAUUGACGCAACAAAGUACGGACCUGACUGCGCGCAGCCGUAUGAGAGUUCCAGCAGCGAGAACUGUUUAUUCGUCAAUAUCCAGACACCUUAUAUCCCCAAGGCUGGAUCCAAAAAGAACCUUCGUCCUGUUCACUUCUGGAUUUACGGUGGUGGAUUUACUGGUGGCUCCGGUGCUAGCUCAGGUAGCGAUGGAGGUCAAUUGGCUUCCAGAGAGGAUAUUGUUGUCGUUGAGAUCAACUACCGUUUGACCACUCUCGGCUUCCUCGCGAUUCCCGGAACCAACAUCACCGGCAACUACGGUAUCUCUGACCAGGUCACUGGUCUCGACUGGGUCCUCAAGAACAUUGCCAGCUUUGGUGGUGAUCCUAACAAGAUUGUGAUCAAUGGCGAGUCUGCAGGUGCUGGCUCCGUGCGUACACUUCUGGGCUCCCCUAAAGCCAUCGGAAAGUUCAGAGGCUCCAUCGCCAUGUCAAACCUCGGCGGUGGUGUCGAUCUGGGUCUGACUGGCAACUACGCAACCACGUAUUCUUCGUACUUGACACCUGCCCAAUCCUAUGCAAGAAGCGAGGCUCUGUUUGAGGAGGUUGGCUGCAAUCAGACCACUCUUGAUGCUCGUAUCUCUUGCCUGAGAGCUACGCCUGCACAGACCAUUGUCAAUGCUGCCACCGUCGCCAGAUACGUCGUUCAGGAUGGUGUCUACGUCAACACCGAGGAUCUGGACGUAUACAACCGCAAUGGCAGUGCCGCUAACGUUAACACGAUUUGGGGGAUAGUUGCAAAUGAUGGUGCAUCCUUCUCGACCUACCCCAAGACUCCUGUCACCAGCGAGCUUGCGGGUAUUCAAGCAGCAUUAGGCAUAUCGCAAGCCGAGGCACAAUCAAUCAUUGACUCUGGACUCUUCCCUCUCUACAACACUGGCAACAUCACGUUGGACUCGUUCAAUGUUUCGCAGAGAGUGGCUACUGAUAACCAAUUCCGUUGCAUCGAUCAAGCCACUGUGUAUGCUGGCGUAGAGUCUGGAGCGUUCAAGACAUCCUACUUCUACCAGAUGCAGAGAAGUGCGGGUGGUUACGAUCCCAACAACCUCGGUGGCCCUCCGGUCGAGCCUGGAUAUCCUUAUGGCAACCCUGAGAAGCCAUACUUUAAGCUUCACGGCUCAGAUAUGCCAUGGGUUUUCGGAAACCUCAACCCUCUGCGUGAUGCCAAUGACCUCAAGUCUGUGCAGCUGGAGAGUGGCUACUUUGCCUCUUUCGUCCGCUCGCUGGACCCUAAUCCUCCGGCCAACUACCUCCAAGUUCGCGGCUACACCAACACCACUCAAGGAGUCCAGCAAAGUGGACCUUGGCAGCCCGUCACCAGCGACCAGGGUCCGAUGAAGCUGCUAGACUUCCCUUCGGUCACUGCCGAUUUCCAGGAUCUGCCACAGUGCGCCUUCCUCAACUAUCCUAUCAGCUACUAUGUCAAUGGUGGUCUGUAA